AUGCUGAAACCAGUUCGUAGUCCCGUAGAAGCAAUGGAGCAAUGGCGACAGUCACUUUUUGCAAUCAAACAGAAAUUCAAUGACAAGAGCCUUCCUGUCGAUGCCAUGAUGGAAGGAACUUCCGGUGCUCAUCAAUGGUAUCAGAUGAAUCAUCAUCGCCCCACAUUUUGUAAUUUCUGUCGAGAGAAACUCUCGGGUUUAACGUGGCAUGGCUGGUCGUGCGAAAUUUGCAAGAUGAAGGCUCAUAGGAAAUGCUUAAACAAAAUAGUUGAAAAAUGCAAGUGGACGGUUGAGUGCUCAAUCCCUAACCACCUGCAGUAUAUCAGCCCCGAGAACUCCAUAGUAGCUCACCAAUGGGUCGAAGGUAAUCUCGCCAUGUCUUCAAAAUGUGUGGUUUGUGAAAAGGUUUGCGGGUCAGUCCUCAAAUUGGCGGAUUGGCGAUGUCUGUGGUGUGCAUGUUGCGUGCAUUCGUCGUGUCUUCCUCAGUUGGGACGAGGAUGCUCGCUCGGCGCGGCCUCUCUUUCUGUUCUGCCUCCACUUGCCGUCAAAGAUGUCAGUGAGGAGGGUGUCGCCCAAAUACGAGCAGAUGCAAUAGGCGGUGAAUGUGGUGGUGGCUCGCCUCUUCUAGUACUAGUGAACUCGAAAUCAGGCGAUAAUCAGGGGCAGCGUAUGAUUCGAAAGUUCAAGCGUUUGCUCAAUCCGUUACAGGUGUUCGACAUUAUUGCCAGUGGCCCAGAUUUUGCGCUUUCGUUCUUCGAUGCUCUUGACUGCUUCCGGGUUCUUGUUUGUGGCGGCGACGGCACUGUAGGAUGGGUACUUGGCGCAUUCGACCGACUCGGUCUGCAUAACAAGUGUCAACUUGCAGUCCUUCCACUUGGUACAGGCAAUGACUUGGCACGUGUUUUGGGAUGGGGACAUGCAUUCUAUGAUGACACUCAUUUGCCGCAACUUAUACGGACAUUCGAAAGAGCACAUACAAGGAUGCUGGAUCGAUGGAGUGUGCUGUCAAUCGAAGGACCUCAAGCGACCGCAGUCAGACAGUAUGAAGAAACGGUCACGAAUAAAGUGCGCGCUGUAUUAGAAGCUGAUGAACCUGGAGAUAUUUUUAGAGCAGUAAAAUCGUUGUGUGAGACCGUACAUUGUCUAAUGGAAAGAAUCAAUGCUACCUUCACAAAGGUUGAAGAAUGGGAAAGAGAAGCUGGACAUCUGCCAAGUGAUCCUAUAACGGAGAAAUGCUCUACACUGCUACAAAAGUUGGAUAUUCUGAUGCAGUCGUUGGGAUCGGAAGAAGCAAAAGUAGAAGAGAGCGGUUUUGAACCCGAAGAUGAUGAGCGUAGUGCAAGUGAGGAAAGACGAAGGAGAGAUUCACUUGUUGGCCGAGCUAACAGCCUGAAAAAGGCAUUAAAAGAUAUAAUGACUAUUGCCGAAAGAGGGAUAGAUCAGCACAAUCGGUCGAGUGGAGCUGCAGUCAAGCGCGAGCGUUUUCGGAAGAAACGUAGCAAGACUACACCAUCUGUACUCAAGGUAUCGUCUUCGAAUCUUUCGUCCUCAUCAGCAUGUUCUCCACCUGCUAGUCCUUCUCCGCAACAAACUCGUCCACAUUUCUUCGAUCGACUAAAUGUCAGAGAAACUGCCAGCCAAAUGAGUCAAACUAGCGGUAUAGGAUUCUCCCCAUCGCAAUCUUCGAACCCUGGACUGUCCACUUUUGAAACUGGAGAUGUUACUCACGAGACGCCCUCUCCGCUCCCGAAUGGAUGUAGCGAUCGAGACGAAAUCAUCAAAGACAAUACCGAGGAGAGCAUUAAUCCGUGUAUUGGCCGCGUCGAACCACCAACUCCUGGUGGUACUCGAGAGCCGUCGACAGCAGGUGAACCAGAUCGACCAUCAGUCGAUGACGAAGACAACGAGUCUGAAGCACCUCGUGACAGGUUGUUCAAACCACAAUCAGAAUGUGAACUAUAUGUUAGCGGUGUGAAACCGUCUGCUGAUAUCAAAUUGAGCCACUCGGACAGCAGUAUUUACGAAGGCUCGCUGUGCUCACGUACACAGGAUUCUUCUUAUGGUCGUCCGCGAUUGAAAGAGUGCAGGAAAAUGGACACUUUACCAAAUGUCAAAAGAAGCUUACUGUCGACGGGUUUGGCUGGCGGGUCUCUUAUCGCUGAGGUCCUUCUGUUAAAUGCUCGGGUGCUUGGUUUAGGAGCAGUGAGCGGCUCUAAGGAGUGCCAUACACCUUUGGAUCAAUAUAAGGAGUUGAAAGUCAUGAACAACUAUUUUGGUAUUGGUCUCGAUGCAAAGAUUGCUCUAGAGUUCCACAAUAAACGUGAGGAAUCUGAUAAGACACGAAGUCGCUCUCGUUUGUUCAUGUGGUAUGGUAUGUUGGGUGGUAAGGAGCUGAUGCAUCGAACAUAUCGCAAUUUGGACCAGCGCAUUCGACUGGAAUGCGAUGGUGUUCCUAUUGAUCUUCCUUCUCUUCAAGGAAUUGUUAUUCUGAACAUUCCUUCAUAUUCUGGUGGAGCAAAUUUUUGGGGUAGCUCCAAAGAUGAUACUUUCACAGCGCAAAGUUUCGAUGAUCGUUUGUUAGAGGUUGUCGCGCUUUUUGGUGUCAUUCACGUCGCUACAAGUCGUGUCCCUAAUGUUGUUCGAUUGCAAAAUCAUCGCAUUGCUCAAUGUCGCCAUAUACGAAUUGUUAUUAUGGGUAACGACGCAAUUCCUGUGCAGGUUGACGGCGAACCAUGGCUCCAACCACCUGGAAUCAUGCAAAUUGUACACAAAAAUCGUGCGCAGUUGCUUGUCAGGAACCCUGCAUUCGAUGCAACUUUGAAGAAAUGGGAAGAGCAAAAAGAGCGCACGACCGCACCACCAACACCGACAUCUGCUUCUGCAACUGCUACGACACCUGGCGAAGAUGUGCCUUUCGUUCGUCGUGCGGCAGAGUUCGUUGAAUUGGUGGAGAGUGAGAUCGCGCAGCUCGGCGUGAGCAGCGGUUUCCUAGAGGCACUUGAAGCUGCGGCGACAUCUGUACGAGCAGCGGAAGUCGAGCCGGAAUACAAUGGAGUGGAAGGUCAAGCGCUCCGCGAGGAAGCGUUAGCUGCUAUAGAAUUGGUUGCGGAUCGACUAGAAGAUCACUUUGGCUGGACGGAAUGUACGAGAGUGCCUGCGGGGCAGCCUCGACUCGGUCCCGCCCCGCUGUUUACCUUCGAAGUACAUGGCGACGAACCUGAACAUUGGCGAUACGUGCUGUCCAGCAUUCGCCAGGAGAUCAGCCGUGAAGAAGCAGCGUUGAAAGAACUUCGAAUCGUCGAAAGCGGACAACGAAAAAGAAGCCGUCUCACCGAUUGGAUUACGAAGAAAUGGAAGCGUCGAACGGGAGCACCGUCCACACAUGUGACCACGUGGUCAGUGGAAGAUGUUUCCCUUUGGUUGAAUUCGUUGGGUUUAUCACAGUACGCCAGCCAGUUCAAGGCGAACGACAUUCGUGGACAUGAACUAAUUCACCUGGAACGGAUGGAUAUGAAAGAUCUUGGGGUCCACAAAAUAGGACAUGCCAAGCGAUUGCAGUCUGCGAUUGCUGAGUUGCGCGAAAAGGAUCUGGAACUACGACGAGAAAGCCGGCGAAGUGGUCGAAAAGGUACAAGUCUAUCCGUAGAGCGAGCUCCAGUCGAACCUGCUCCAGAGCUUCCUAGCUUGAGCAGCAUUUGA